ACACACUAAUCAGUCAAUCAUAAAAGAAAAAUCCAAAAAAAUGGGAUCUUCACCGAAGAAGACGACUCUGCAACGUUACUUGUCACAGCUUCAGCAACAUCCUUUAAGAACAAAGGCAAUUACUGCUGGAGUGUUGUCUGGUGUUAGUGAUGUUGUAUCUCAGAAACUCUCUGGCAUACAGAAGAUUCAGCUCAGAAGGGUUCUUCUCAAAGUGAUAUUUGCGGGUGGUUUUCUCGGACCAGCGGGGCAUUGCUUUCAUACAUAUCUGGAUAAGGUUUUUAAAGGGAAGAAAGACACAAAGACUGUGGCAAAGAAGGUAAUUGUGGAACAACUGACAUUGUCACCACUGAACCAUUUGCUUUUCAUGAUCUAUUAUGGAGUAGUCAUCGAAAGAACUCCCUGGAACCUUGUUAGAGAAAGGAUCAAGAAGACAUACCCGACUGUCCAGCUUACUGCAUGGACGUUUUUCCCGGUGGUGGGAUGGAUAAACUAUAAGUAUGUGCCACUUCAUUUCCGGGUCAUCUUGCACAGCGUCGUCGCGUUCUUUUGGGCCAUUUUCUUGACCCUGCGAGCGAGGUCAGUGACAACACUGGCUUUGGCAAAGGCUGAGUGAUUAGGCUCAAUCCUUGGAAUCAUUGUAAUCUCUUGGUACUCUGUUUGUUAAAGCAAAUUGAACAGCUGAAACCAAAUAAGAAUCUGUAUUAUGAUGAUACCAUUCUAGGAUAUAGCAAUAUGUUUAAAUUAUUACAACCAUUUUCAGAUUUUUUGUCUAAAACACAUUCACAAACAUCAUAUAAAAAAAGGGUAUUAAAGAAGAGAUCUUGUUUAAGCAGC